CAAAAAACCAGACGGGUUUUGUAUACCCAAAAUUAUCAAUAGGCUCGAGCCUAAAUAAAUAGAUAGGUCUGGUUAAUCUUAAAUAAACAAAAAAAAACAUCUUUAUCGCACGAUCCUUAUUGAGGAUCGUGUGAGUCAGAUAAGGCCGGUCGAUGCCGGGCCUAAAUAAAUACAUUUUUCCUGCACGAUCCUGUUUGAGGAUCGUGUGAUUUAUAGCGUCUAGUUUUAAGAUAAGAAAUUUUGGUUUAUGUUUUGGUGUUACGAUAGCGGGGAGCUUAUCGUAAGAUUAGGUUUCAUUAAGAGGAAUGAGAAAAAUAAAAGGGAGUCGAUCGUGAGCCACGCGGGAGAACGGUUGUCUCCUGAAAACAAGAAGUGGUGUUUUCUUGUGUUUGAGAGUGAAAGAAAGUGCCUUGGCCGCCGGUCCGCUACAUUGUGGUGACAGCGGAAAAAAGUGCUUCUAAGUACAGGGCCAUUUUCUGACUGAUGAGUUGCAGUGUGUGGAGUGCAAGAAAAAGAAUUGGGUCUCGCUGCGCGUGCCAGAAGUGAAGCCGUAAAGAAGAAGAAAAAUUGCUCCGUUCAAAAGAAGACUAGGGUUUUCUCCAGCCAGCAAUCAAUUAAUCAAUCGGCAUAUGGUUAUAGUUUUGUGUUACUUCAUUGAUAAACCCUAGAGUGUAGAGAGAAUAAAUUCCGUCAUCAUCCCGUGGUGAAGAAUACAGUGGCAGGUCGGCACCUACGGUUAGCUAAAGUUUGAUAAAGUUCCGGUGAAUUGCGAAUUUCGAAAAAAAAAGUGACCAAAUUUCAUCACUAACUGUUGUACUACCAAGCCCGGAAAAACACUUGCCAAGUUUUCCAAGUGUGUGUAGUGUUGUGCACAUUUUUUUUGUACGCCUAAAGUUGCAAGAAAAAGAAGAAGAUGCGGAUUAAGGAAGUUUUGGUGAUUACAGUUGGGUAAGUAAACAAAAACGUUAAAACUAUUCUAUUUUACGAUUCGACUAAAAUAAUCUUUUGGAUUUUUUUUUUUAAAUCCGUUUAAGUCGAAUUCGAUCAUUCUAUGCACGAGCUAUAACCCUCACCUUGUCACAAAACAAACGUCAGAAUAAUUCACCCCUAUUCGUGUGAAGCAAUUUACUUUCUAUCGAAUUGGAAAAAGCGAAAGCAGUUUUUUUUAAUUGUUAAAAUUUAAAUGAAAAUAACUUGAUGUAUAGUGAACCUGUUCACGAAUCAAUACGGUGCUCCUAAUCGCAUAGUGUCUCAAGCAACUAAAUCUUUGUUGGUUAAAAGUGAAAAGUGUUGAUCUUUUCGGAUACAUAUUGCUGCCAUUAAUUACACAUUUAUAGCAUCUAUGGCAAAAGUACUGUUUAAAAAAAAAAAAAUAAUAAAUAAAUAAAUAAAUAAUAAUAAUUUCGAUCAGUACGACGCCCAUGCCCAAAUUUAAUAUGACCGGAAGAGUUAAAACUGAAUGAAGUUAAAACAAUAUAUAUAUAUAUAUUUUCUGGAGUUUAUAUCAAUUAUAUCUUUUUUUUUCCCAAUAACGUCUAAAAAUACACAAUAGCAAUAUAACAGAUAUAUUUGAAAAAAAAAAUUGUCCUGACAUACUCCUAACGUUUUCUUUUAAAUUUCCUUGCAUCUCCACCAAAACUUUAUCCAUAGUAUAAUCGUCUUCUAUUUGAGAAGAAGAUUGUUUGGAUCUGUCAAAUUAAUUAAUUAUAUUUAUUUAUUGAAAUUGAUAUUAUGAUAUGAAAAUAAAUGAAGAAGUUUGAAAUCUUCAACAUUUUGAAUGACUAAUAAUCGUUUGGAGGCAUUUAUCAUGUUACCAUUGUAACUCAUAAUUUUAAAUCGGUUGGAAUAUUAUGAAUGCAUAUGCACUGCAUUUUAAUUUUUUUUUUCUCUCCUCUUUUCCCAUGAAAUGGUUGUAGAUUGCAAGUUACAAAAUUAAAUGUCGAACUUGUGGGACGAAUGCGAAAAAUUGAGGAAAGAGAUAAACAGGGAAUUUGUAAAUUUAAUCAAGAGUAAAGGAAGGCCUAGAUCCUUAGAAGGAAUUUUGAGUAAAUCGAAUAAAUUGAAGGAACAAUCUAUUCUUUUCGAAGCCUAUACCAAAAAAUUAGAACACAGGGGAAAUGAUGAAACUUGGAGUGAAUUAGUAAACGAUCUUGUUACAAUUCAAUUCCAAGUAAAGGAAAGUUUAAAAAUAUUGGAUGAAACACCUAUAAUCCAAACAUCUUGUCGAAGUAGGAAACACACGUCCACACUUGAACUGUUGAAAGCAAGAAGAACGUCUGUGAGUGACGAAAAGCUAAACACUCCAAUUUUAGAAUUGAAAUUAAAAACACGUUCAGCAGAAAAUCUGACGAUGCAGAACCAGGCCGCUUAUGAGUUCCCAAUGGUAACGGCGAUACAAUGUAUCCCGGAAUUCCAUGGCAAAUCAGAAGAGUUGCAGCCUUUUUUCAUGCAGAUUGAUUAUUUUUCAAAUGCCUUUCCUGAAAAUGCUGACCAAAAACCACUACUAAAUGUAGUAUAUACAAAACUAAAAGGCGAGGCUCUCAUGCGUCUUCAUGAUAUACAAGGCGACACAUGGGCCAAUGUGAAACUGAAUUUGAAAAAUAGUUUCCAAUUAGAAAAAAGUAUUGGAACAAUAAUUAAGGAGAUUGAAACACUAAAACAAAGCAGUCACGAAUCUUAUAACGAAUACAAAAUUCGCGUUAAAGAAUUAUAUAGGUUCGUAAGCGCUCUGCCGGAACACGGAAAUGAGUCGUAUGCGAACACUGUUUUGAGGAAGCAUUUUUUAGCGGGUCUCAGAAGUAGAGCUUUAGCCUUGACAGGAAAAUCACAACGGGAUAAAACAUUCCCUAAAUUACUUGACUGGCUUCAGAAAGAAAUCGAUGAGGAGGAAGAACUACGCGAGAUCCACAACAGACUGCAGUCAACAAGGAUGAGAACAUCGCAACAACAACAGAGUAAUUACAAUAGAAGCACACAAGCCAACAACUACAACUACAAUCGUAAUAACAAAAACAACAGAAGAGGAAAUAAUAACGAUUAUAGAGAACAACGCAACAAUUAUCGAGGAAAUAACAAUAACUACAGAGGGAAUAAGAGCAAUUAUCGAAGAAAUAAUAUCAAUUUUGGAAAAAAAUUACAACAAUUAUCAAGGAACUCGAAACUUCGAUAACAAUAACGGCUAUAAUAAUAACAACAAUUCCAAUCCCAACGAAAACUAUAGGGAAAAUAAUAGAAACGGGGGUUAUUACAAAAAUAACAACAAUAAUUAUAGGCGACAUAAGGAUAACCAGAAUAGCUAAGCUAUCUCUGUUAGGGUAGCCAUGGUUAACAGAUACAAAAGAAAAAAAGAUUAUUUAGGGGGAAAAUAAAUCGGUGAAAUAAUCAAAGAGGAUAAUGAAAUCACAGAAGAGAUAGAAUAAUAGGAAGAAAAAGGGAAUAAUAGGAAGAAGAAGGGUUUUUUUAAAGAAGAAAAAAAUUACAGAGAAAAUUCAAUGAAAAAAAAAAAUUAAAUGGAGAAAGGAUAAAUGUAUGAAACGAAUGAAAAAUAUGAUUUAUAUAUAAAGCGUAAAGACAAUCAAGGAGGAAUAAUCGAGAAAAACAAAGGUGUAAGGCGAAUUCAUUAAAACAGUUAAAAGAGUCAAAGCACAAGUGAAGUAAAAAUUUUUUUUUUUUUGAACAGUUGAAAAAAAAAUUGACAAUGAUAGCAUUAAUAAUGAUUCACGAGUUGCACAAACGUAUCUAAACCUAUAUUCAAUUAUUUGAAUGAGAUAAAUGAGAGUGACAAGACAAGGGAGACGUCCCAGUAUGAAUGAAUGAUGCAUGAGUGAAUUACAUUGAUACUAUAUAGGAGACGAAAUACAUUUAAGGAAAAAGUUAUUAUCGGUUGUGCGUUUGUAUUUCUCCAAGUGUGUGAUUUUUUCUCGUUUUCUCAGUCACAUUUAUAAAAGUGUGUACAUUGCAUGAAGAGGAUGAAUGAGAAAAUACAGAAUGAAUGGACAAGGGAGGCGCGCCCCGGAAUGUGUAUGAAUAUAUAUAAAAAUGAAUGGCAUAAAAAUGUCAAAAUAAGAUAUUAUGGAAGACAUGCAAUAUUUGUUUCCUCUUUUGGUGUAAAAUUAUUUUUAUAUACCAAUAAUAAUAAAAAUCUAAGUAUUUUCACAGCUCCCGCCUAGGACCUACAAAAAGAGGGGGGAGAAGGCAUCCACGGUUUAUUUUUAGGACUAGAACCGGAGUGACAUUCCGCAUCCGUGGAGAAGAAGAAAAGAGUAAGAGAUGCACCAAUCAACAGAGGAACGGUAAGAAUGGAAGGAAUGGAUGGUAAAGAAAAAAAAAUAAACAAAAACACAACCAUUUAAAAAAAAAAAGAAGCAAAGCAUUAUGAAAACGCAAACUUUGGCGUGAAAAAUAGAGAAAAAAAAAGCAUGUAAAACACAUUGUUCUUGUGUUAAUAAUUCUACCUGAAAAAAAAUACGGCGUACAACGUGCUUGUAUGGAUAACGAAUAUAAAUUAUACAAGAAAUUAUAAAAAAAAAAGAAAAAAAAAGCAAAUAUGACAUGCAUAGAAAAGUUAUCUGAAUAAGCAGAUGAAUAUAAAUACGUAGAAAUGAGAGUUACCAAUAAUAAUUUGAAUAUUACAAAUUAUAAAAUCAUACUAAAAAACAAAAAAAAAACAAAUUGAGAAAAAAAAGAAACGUUAUACAAAAAGAGAAUAUGUAUGUAAACUGCACGGAAAUGUAAUCGAAAUAUAUGUAAGGUGUUGUGUAUAGAAUGAAUAAAUAUCACACGAUGGUCGCUCUGAUGGUGCGACGAUGGACUUCCAACUAGGUGCGAGACGUGGCCAGGGAAGGCAAGAACAAAAUUCGGCAUACCGCUGAUGGGAAGAGGAACGAUUCGGCAUCCCAGCCGGUUGUUCAGGAUGGAUGGACGACGAGUCAUGCGGAAGGUCGAUGGUCAAUGGUGUUGGGUGCUGGGCAGGACGAAGCGAAAACAACAAGAAGCAAUUCGGGAAUCGUGAUCACCAUCUGAUCCUAAGGAAACUGAAGUGAAAGUAGUAGAAUUCAUGAUGGAACUGGAUUUCAUAAUUGAAGUAAUGACUUUGUACACUUUACGUUGAAGUAAAAGAUUACAACAGUCUAAAAAAAUAAUGAUUAUUUAUCGCCGGAAACUGAUGAUAAAGAGAAUAACUCGGAUCCAGAUAAGGAUGAACAGGAUCUAAAAUAAGGAUCAAAGAUGAACUGGAAGAGAUGACAUUUAAUGAUUGGAGAGCCUAAACUGCUAUAAUAGCAAACACUACAAUCGGAGCAGCAAAUGAAGCUCUAAAACUAGCAAACAAAAACAAGUUCUUGAAGUUGAAUUUCAUUCCAACGAAGAUGUGAUGGACUAAAGUACCGUUCUAAAAGGUUGUUCAGGAAUGGAACCCAGAGACACGCAACAGUGGAUCAAGACGGAUGAGACGGCGCAACGCGGAAGGAGGCAAGCGGCAACUCACACCUAGUACCAGAGACCAACCAAUUGACGAGUCACCAGUCGACGGAUAUACGGAGCGGAAGAGGAGUAGCCGGUGAACAAUGAGAAUCUUAUAUAAAAUAAAAAUUAUAGAGUUUAUGCAAAUGUUUGAAAAAAAAAACAAAACAUUAUAUUUACAAAUAUAUAUUAUAUUUACAUUAUAUUAUAUUUACAAUUAGGAAAAAUUCAAAAAAAAAAAAAAAAAAAAAAAUACACAUUCAUAUAUAAAAAAAAAAAUCUAUUGCAAAAAAUAUAUAUAUAAAAAAAAAGAAGAAGGUUGAUAACAAUAUUAGCAGGUAGAUAGGAAAUCUAACCUUUCGAACCAAUUUUAGGGAAAACUCAUCUAGUUUCCCCUAAAACUCAUUGAGUAGGGGGAUAUGCAGCAACCAAAAAACCAGACGGGUUUUGUAUACCCAAAAUUAUCAAUAGGCUCGAGCCUAAAUAAAUAGAUAGGUCUGGUUAAUCUUAAAUAAACAAAAAAAACAUCUUUAUCGCACGAUCCUUAUUGAGGAUCGUGUGAGUCAGAUAAGGCCGGUCGAUGCCGGGCCUAAAUAAAUACAUUUCUCCUGCACGAUCCUGUUUGAGGAUCGUGUGAUUUAUAGCGUCUAGUUUUAAGAUAAGAAAUUUUGGUUUAUGUUUUGGUGUUACGAUAGCGGGGAGCUUAUCGUAAGAUUAGGUUUCAUUAAGAGGAAUGAGAAAAAUAAAAGGGAGUCGAUCGUGAGCCACGCGGGAGAACGGUUGUCUCCUGAAAACAAGAAGUGGUGUUUUCUUGUGUUUGAGAGUGAAAAAAAGUGCCUUGGCCGCCGGUCCGCUACAUUGGGUCCCGCCAGAAACUUGGCCGAACCGUGCUGGGCGACUAAAGUGUUAAAUACUGAAUUACCUCAAUUUUCCAACUGACGUGAUGAAUUUUUAAUUUUUACUGUAAACUGUUGUCCCUUGAAAAACAUUACUAUUUGAGUGGGGAAUCCAGCUCAGAUCCUCAAAAUCACCGACUUUCGCCCCGAAGGACAACGGAGUAACAGUGAGGUUGUCAAACAAUGGAGCAUCUUGAUGAUUUCUGAUGGUGCGUUCAGAAAACGAACCCUUCACCGAGGUGGCCCUUUCCGUUAACCGGGGCAACCAGCUCAUAGAGUUCGGCGCCCGUGGAACCAAGUUUUAUUUACUAGUCAAUACAAAGGACCUUUUCAGGCGGCCCUAAUUCACCGCAUAAUAAGAAAAAAUUCAAUUGUGUUGCGAAAACUAUUUUCAUAGUUACUCGUGAAGACUUUUAACGAUUUCUGCCUUUUUUAAAAAUUCGAUUAGUUCAAAAAUUGUUUGUGGGCAAAGGUGCGCAGUGGCAAAAGUUCGCACCAGAGUUGUUUUGAAAAAAAAUUAUAAAAUGUUUUCAACCAAAUUUUUAACGGGACCCACAAGAAGAAAACUGGUUUGAAGAAAUGCACUCCAGAAAUGCUCAAAUGGCUCGACAGAGGCUUCGGGAGGGAGUCUCCAAGCGUCGGAUUGCGGCAGACCUCGAUAUUUCUGAAUCAGCUCUGAGGAAGAGGCUCAUAUCAGAUGUGCCAGCGAGCUCCUAGGACGGUUCAGACAAGUAUUUGCAAGUGAGCAGUCUGAGGAUCUGGCGAACCAUUGCAGAGCACUUGAUAAAACUUUCUAUGGUAUGACUCUCAAAGAUUUACGUCGUCUGGCGUUUGAUUUUGCGGAAGCCAACAACCUCCAGCACGAAUUCAACCAAGUUGCAAAACUGACAGGAAGAGAUUAUAAUUCUAGCUCCAUGAGGAACCAUCGUCUGUCUCGUCGAACCAAAACGCAACGCGCAACGAAGCAACAGCGCUCCAAGGCAAAGCAUCGGAAUCCUCAGAACCGAAAUCCAAGAUGAGGAAGAAAAAUAAACAAUAGCUUAACAAUAAUUCAAAAUGAAUUUCAAUUGGAAAAUGAUUGUAUUUUCACCAUGCAUUCAAUUCAA